AUGGUGAAGGGAAAGGACCUAUCUGGCAGAUUGGAAUGGAGGGUCAAUAUACCAGAUGGGACUUCAGAGAUAGUAGAGACAGAGUCUGGGCUGGUCCACGGAGUUUGGCCAGGGUUGAAGCGUCUGGUUUUAGGAUUCAUGCUGAAAAUUUGGAAGUUCUUGGAGAAGGCUUGGGAGUUGGCAGUUUCUGAGCCUAAAAAGGUCAUCCAUUGUGUCAAAGUAGGGGUGGCUCUUUCUUUGGUGUCACUUCUCUACUACGUGAGGCCUCUGUAUGAUGGUUUUGGAGGGAAUGCCAUGUGGGCUGUUAUGACUGUGGUGGUAGUUUUCGAACAAAACGUAGGUGCAACACUCUCUAAAUGCAUCAAUAGAACAGUUGGAACUUUCCUCGCUGGAUCUUUGGGAGUCGGCGUUCACUGGGUUGCAGAUAAGUCUGGAGAAACUUUUGAGCCCAUAAUUCUUGGAGUCUCAGUCUUUAUCUUUGCCACAGCAGCAACCUUCUCUCGAUUCAUUCCAUCAGUGAAAGCCCGAUUCGACUAUGGUGCUAUCAUCUUCAUACUCACAUUCAGCCUAGUUUCUGUUUCAGGCUAUCGCAUAGAAAAAUUGCUAGAUCUGGCACACCAAAGAUUAUCAACAAUCGCCAUUGGAACGUCCCUGUGCAUCAUAAUUAGCAUGUUUUGCUGUCCCAUAUGGGCAGGGGAUGAGCUUCACCGUCUGAUACAUUGUAACCUGGAUAAGCUAGCCCAUUCCUUCGAUGGAUGUGUAGCAGAGUACUUCAAGGACAACACAAUGGUAACCGUUGACGAAGAGGAUUCUAGUAAAAAAAUACAAGGCCACAGGUGCGUGCUCAAUUCGAAAGCUGCAGAAGAAUCUCUGGCCAAUUUUGCAAGAUGGGAACCAGCACACGGCAGAUUCAACUUCAGACAUCCAUGGAAACAGUACCUUAAGAUUGGGGCCACAAUGCGUAGCUGCGCUCGCUGCAUAGAGACUCUUAACAGUUGUAUCAGCUCUGAUACUCAGGCACCUGAGUACGUAAAGAAAUACAUCAGUAAAGUCUCCACGGGAUUGAGCUCCUCUUCUUCAAAUAUCUUGAAAGAAUUGGCAAUUACAAUGAGAACCAUGAAAAGAUCAUCAAAGAUAGAUUCCCUGGUGAAUGAGAUGAAUGUUGCAGUACAAGACCUGCAAAAUGCCUUGCAGUCUCUUCCAAACCAACUCAUGGCACCUUCACUGCCAACAGCAAUUGAUGGUUCUAGUGAUGCAAAAGGAGAGCCGGAGACCCAAACCACCACAACACCCUUUGCGGAGGUUCUUCCACUGGCCACAUUUGCCUCACUAUUGAUCGAAAUAGCAUCCAGAAUUGAACGAAUUAUUGAUGAAGUUGGCGAGCUAGCAAGCUCAGCAAGAUUCAAGCCAGCAACCGAUAAAAGCCUCAGACAAAAUCAACCCACCAACUCCCCCACUCAGGAUAUCUAA